UUGUGCUGGCAGCUUGUGUGGAAGAGAAUGUUGAAUGUCCCCGCUCAGGCCUUUCCUGCCCCCGGUUCACAGCAGCGGGUGGCCCUGGCAGGGCGCAGCAAGGUACCUUUAAAACCAGGCCGAAGCCUUAUGGACUGGAUUCGGUUAACUAAGAGUGGGAAAAAUCUUGCUGGGCUGAAAGGAGGAAUGAUAGAAGUGACUGAAGAAGUGCUUGCCGAACAUAAUAAGAAGGAUGACUGCUGGAUAUGUAUAAGAGGUCUCGUGUAUAAUGUCACACCAUAUAUGGAAUAUCACCCAGGUGGUGAAGAUGAGUUAAUGAAAGCAGCGGGGGCAGAUGGCACAGACCUCUUUGAUCAGGUUCAUCGUUGGGUCAAUUAUGAAUCUAUGUUGNAAGAGUGUCUGGUUGGAAGAAUGGCACUUAAACCUACUGCUGCUGUGAAAGAGCCUUAUCACACUAUACGUAAAGAAAAGGAAGUCUUAAAUGGCAUGUUUUCUAAACCUGAAGACUUGGAUAACAAUUCCAAAGAGCUAGUGCCCAGUUAUGAUUGGUUCCAGACAGACGGUACAGUCACUGUCGUCAUAUACACAAAACAAAAGGAUAUUAGCCCUGAGUUGGUGAUAGCUGAUCUUCAGGAAGGUCGACUGCGAGGAGAGAUCAUUGUGAACGACUACUCAUAUCUUCUGCAUUUUGAGCUGAGUUAUGCAGUUCAAGGGGACAUUGUAGUACAGGUCGCAGAAAAAGUGGGAAAGGUGGAGUUGAUCCUGAAAAAGAAAGAGACUCUCCCUUGGAAAAAACUUGGGCAACCACUGCAGAGUCAUAACUCUUUUGUCAAACAGGCUGACAGAGGCUUGUUCUUCAGAAAAUGCAAAUUGAUAUCAAAAUCCAGUGUCAGCCAUGACACUAGACUGUUGUGUGUAAUGUUACCACCAGGAACUCAUCUUCAUGUUCCAGUUGGGUGCCACCUUUACCUCAAAAAAACAGUUACUGAAUUCUCUGAUUAUCAGAAGAGUCCUUUUGAAGGUGUAAGGACAGCAAAGCUGAUGUUUUUCAACAAAACAGAAGAUGAUAUACUCUGGAGAAGUCAGUUGGAACAGUUAGCUGUUAAUGACACAAGAUUUGAUGUUCAGUUUGUUCUGUCUGAGCCAAACAAAGGAUGGACAGGGAAACAAGGGAAAAUUUCUUUCCCUCUUGUCUCUCAGUUUGUGAAAAGAAGUAAAGACAAUUCUAAGAUGCUUGUUUGUAUUUGUGGUCCGUUGCCUUUCACGGAACAAGGAAUACAAAUUUUGCAAGAUCUUGGAACCUCCUGUGAAGAGAUCCAUUGUUUUAGAGCCUAAAAAGCCAACAUGAGAACCUCCUUUUCUGUAUUUUACUGUCUACAUAUUUAUCUUUUUUGUUUGUUUGUUGUUUGUUUGAAUUCUUUGGGGCAAAAUGUUAUGCAUGAACAUCAUGUUCUUGUGUGAUUACUUGAAUAUUUGGGGAAUAACUUUAUAUUCUGCUGUUUUGAAAAUAUAUUUUUGCUACCGUGUAAAAACUUAACAAGAAUAUAUUAGGGAUAAAUAGAUGAGCGUAAUUCUGAUGUGUCUUGAGAAAUAAGUGUCUUUCUCAUGUGUCCUGAGUAAUAGGAACAUUGUCUUUCUCAGAUACAAGAUUAGUAGCAUGUCUUUGCACUGAUUACUUUUGGCUAUAUAGGUGCCAGAGACUUCCUUUAUUAGAACCUCAUUAUUGUAAAAUGUCUUGUUAGCAAUAGAGUAUGAAUUUUGUGCAUUGCACUUUUAACUCAGGAAAACUGUUUGGUUACAGUACAAGCUUACUGAUAUCAAAAAGCUGUAAUAUUUUAGAUUAGUGUUUUGUCCCUGUAGAUGACACUCCAAAUAACCAUUUUGUAUCCUAAAUUACCUUUUGUAUAAGAAAAAUAAAAACA